AUGACGCCUCCUCCUCCUCCUCCUCGUCGUCCCGGACGUGCCGCCCCCGGCGCACCGCGCACCGGCGUCCUCAGCCCGUCGCCGGCUCGGUCCGGGCUCCCGUUGCGGUUGCUGCUGCUGCUCUGGGCGGCCGCCGUCUCGGCCCAAGGCCACUCGAGGAGCGGACCCCGCAUCUCGGCGGUCUGGAGAGGGAAGGACCGCGUGGACUUCGGCCAGGCUGAGCCCCACACAGUGCUUUUCCAUGAGCCGGGCAGCUCCUCUGUAUGGGUGGGUGGACGCAACAAGGUCUACCUCUUCAACUUCCCCGACAGCAAGAAUGCCUCCGUGCGCACGGUGAGCAUAGGAUCCACAAAGGAGACCUGUCAGGACAAGCAGGACUGCGGGAACUACAUUACACUCCUGGAGAGACGGAGUGAUGGGCUGCUGGUGUGCGGCACCAAUGCCCGGCAGCCCAGCUGCUGGAACCUGGUGAAUGACAGUGUGGUGCCACUUGGUGAGAUGAAAGGCUACGCACCCUUCAGCCCCGAUGAGAACUCGCUGGUUCUGUUUGAAGGGGACGAAGUGUACUCCACGAUCCGGAAGCAGGAAUACAAUGGGAAGAUCCCUCGGUUCCGCCGCAUCCAGGGCGAGAGCGAACUGUACACCAGUGAUACGGUCAUGCAGAACCCACAGUUUAUCAAGGCCACCAUUGUACACCAAGACCAAGCCUACGAUGAUAAGAUCUACUACUUCUUCCGGGAGGACAACCCCGACAAGAACCCCGAGGCCCCGCUCAAUGUGUCCCGGGUGGCCCAGCUGUGCAGGGGGGACCAGGGUGGCGAGAGCUCACUGUCAGUCUCCAAGUGGAACACCUUCCUGAAGGCCAUGCUGGUGUGCAGUGAUGCCACCACCAACAAGAACUUCAACCGGCUGCAGGACGUCUUCCUGCUUCCCGACCCCAGUGGCCAUUGGAGGGACACCAGGGUCUAUGGUGUGUUCUCCAACCCCUGGAACUACUCUGCCGUGUGCGUGUAUUCCCUCGGGGACAUUGACAAGGUCUUCCGUACCUCUUCACUCAAGGGCUACCACAUGGGCCUUCCCAACCCUCGACCUGGCAAGUGCCUCCCAAACAAGCAGCCCAUCCCCACGGAGACCUUCCAGGUAGCUGACAGUCACCCGGAGGUGGCACAGAGGGUGGAGCCCAUGGGGCCCUUGAAGACACCAUUGUUCCACUCUAAGUAUCACUACCAGAAAGUGGUCGUCCACCGCAUGCGAGCCAGCCACGGGCACACGUUCCACGUGCUUUACCUAACCACAGACAGGGGCACCAUCCACAAGGUGGUGGAGUCUGGGGAUCCGGAACAUAGCUUUGUCUUCAACAUCAUGGAGAUCCAGCCCUUCCGCCGUGCGUCUGCCAUUCAGGCCAUAUCUCUGGACGCUGAACGGAGGAAGCUGUAUGUGAACUCCCAGUGGGAGGUGAGCCAGGUGCCUCUGGACCUGUGUGAGGUCUACAGCGGGGGCUGUCAUGGCUGCCUCAUGUCCCGAGACCCCUAUUGCGGCUGGGACCAGGACCGCUGUGUGUCCAUCUUCGGCUCCCAACGGUCAGUGCUUCAGUCCGUCAAUCCAGCCGAGCCACACAAAGAGUGUCCAAACCCCAAGCCAGAUGGUGCCCCGCUGCAGAAGGUUUCCCUGGCCCGGAAUUCUCGCUACUACUUGAGCUGCCCCAUGGAGUCCCGCCACGCCACCUACUUGUGGCGCCACGAGGAGAAUGUGGAACAGAGCUGCGAGCCCGGUCACCAAAGCCCCAACUGUGUCCUCUUCAUCGAGAACCUCACGGCGCGCCAGUACGGCCACUACCGCUGUGAGGCCCAGGAGGGCUCCUACCUGCACGAGGCUCAGCACUGGGAGUUGACGCCCGAGGACAGAGCUCUGGCCGAGCAGCUGAUGGGCGACGCCCGCGUCCUGGCCGCCUCCCUCUGGCUGGGGGUGCUGCCCACGUUCGUGCUUGGCUUCCUGGUUCAUUAGGACCACCUGGGGGCUGGGCACGCAUGCCCCAGGCUUCCGGAGCCCAGGGGCACUAGCAAAAUGUCACACUCAGAGCCGGCUGGCCCGGGAGUUCCUUGCCCACUGAUGCUUCCAGGGGGACAGAAUAACCCUAGUGGGAGGGGGACGUAAGGCCUGGAGAUGUCCAGCCGCAGGCGGCUGCUGGGCCCCAGGUAGGGUGAGAACAGUGUGGGGGGUUGGGGACUUGAGAAUGAAGGCGCUGACUAUGAAGCUGAGGCAUCAGUGACCCAAGACUCUGUCCUCUCGAGAAUAUUUUUCGAAAACUCCUCACACUUGACGACUUCACGUACUGAUGCUCUUGGCCCGAUAGCCGGGCAGCCUGGCAGUGGGCGUUGGGAAGGACAGCCUGGGACUGCCAUCUCUGGACCUUGGGGCAGAGGUUCGAGUCCUUGAGGACUUGCUGUACCCAGCUGUCUCCUUCCCUGUCCUCCUUGCCCCGUGGCUAGGUGACCAGUAUCCCUGCAGACCCAGGGCUGCUGUUGCAGCUCCCUCAUAGCCUGGGUCCCACCAGACAGCGCCUUGCAUGUUUAUUGAAGGAUGUUUGCUUUCCGGACGGAAGGACGGAAAAAGCUCUAUUUUUAUGUUAGGCUUAAUUCAUGUAUAGCUACUUCCGACUGCAUCUGUAUGAAAAUACCAAAACUACAUG